AAUUUGAACUUGAUACGCAUCUGCCGUAUUUGGUUCAAUUUCGAGCCAGUUCGAGGCUGAGUUUCGCUUCGAUGCAGGCGUGCAUAUGAAUCUGAGUUGUUCCGGUCACCGAAGUCUGAAGUUCUGAACCUUCCCGUUGUGACAACUAGAUUCAGGCGCUAGGCGGCAGGCGCACGCCGCUUAAAUUUAAAACCUUUCGGAUCUUCCGAUUUCCGCAGUGACUCACUUGUCAGACGAAUCAGUGGAGCACGCCUGUGGCCCUGUAUGACUUUUCUUAUCUCUGUUUCUAUGCAAAUGGACUGGGGCACGUGGGAUCACUUUUGUCAUUAAUGUUGAUGAAAGGAUUCCAUUUUCAUUUGAUGUAAUUGAUAGAGCUUUUUCGCCAAAAAUGUGUAAUAUUGUUACUUUUGUUAUCCGAUUUUAAUUCACUCGGCUAUCUGCAAUCUUGGUCGAAUUUUUGACCGGAAAUCAGCUGUCAGACAGGCUGAAGCAGAUCAGGACAAAGCGCUUGUGUUGCAGUUUACUCAAGAUCGACGGUUGCAACUUCAGAACGAAGUAUAUUGCAUGCAUAACUUUUCUUAUUUUGGAAAACCAGAACGGAAAGGUUUGAUUAUUAUUGCUGCUGAGCCAGCUGAUAAUUAAUCCGCCAAACUGAUAACGACUGACUAAACCUGAACUCACUGUCCUGAAGUCACUAAACUACGGAGGUACGUGCAACAUGUGCGAUUCUUUGAAGGAGAUUUUCCUGUCGUAAACAAUUGUGUUCGCUAUGUCUGUCAACUUGGAUAACAGCUCUGUUUUGGAAGCUUUGGGCCGAUACUGCAGAGAAGGAGAAUUUGAUUCUGGUGUACUGAACAGGAUCAUCUUUGACAACCGGAUUGAUACCGAGGCCCUUGUCGGAAUGGCAGUUUCAUCGAUCAAUCCGGCAACAUGUGUGUGGAUGCCGGCAGUAAUGCACGAAUUGUGCAGGCUCUCCGAAGCGGACUACUAUCCAGACGAAGGUACAUGGGACCGGGCUGUUGCUGGCGCUUUGCCAGCUGAUGCAACGCCACCUUAUCCCAUAUGGCCGACCAUUCACGAAAGUGUCUGUAAUUAUCUUGCUGGACAGUUACGACGCCGCCGCUAUUUGGUAGCGAUCGCGAAUAUUAGCAACAGUGCAGCGCACGACUGUAUCGCGGUGUUUUUCGUUGACCUGAUGGACCCAUCAGUGGGAUGUUUUAUGCCGAAUGACUAUAUUCGUAAUGGACUUGGACUACAUAAAGAUCGUCUGUUGAGUGCUCAAAAGUAUUUCAUCAGUGCAUUUGGAACUUUGUCCCGUUAUUGUAACGAAAUUGUAGAAGGGUCGGACUAUUUUCGAAGCGGGGACAUCGACUUUACCAGCGAUAAGUUGAAGGGUUCCGCAAAUUUUUAUACCUUGCAUGAUUUGAACAAGAUUCUGGACUUCGAUCGCACUGAUAUACCCACUUUGUUGGCUGUCGCUGUGUUCAGACUGACCUGUGCACCUGGUAGCGGCGACAAUGAUCUCCGGAAGUGCUUUUUUGAUGCGGUUCAGCAGCUGUACAAAAUCGUUAGCUGGGCGACUGCUUCUUUUCGCACGAGUGCAACAACUGCUCGUACCCGACCUAGAAAUAUUCCUUGUGCACCCAUUUUUGACGCAGUUUUCAAUACCACUUUCCGCCGACGAAAAAAGUCACCUUUGUUGUCCACUCCAUUGGAGCCUUUCAGGAUUCUUGGUGACCGAAACAGUUCGCCUCCACUGAAUGCUGGCUAUGCACCUGAAUUUAAUUAUCAGCGAGGACCCAAAAGGCAUCCCGAUCGUCGCCAGUCUUCCCGCCCGACAAAAAAGCCCACAACUACGUACUGUCACUACUGCCCAUCGUCCCGCCCUAAACCAGAUCAAAAAGGUCGCACAUCAAUGUCUUCGAAUAUUAAGCGCGUUACUGCAGCGAAAGUUGUUGUAGGGCCUUCUUCCAAGGACAAUGAUGCCGGCAGAUUCCGCAGUGGCAAAGGCAUUUCGUCCGUUGACAGUCAGCGCAUUCCUUCCCGACCGCGUGUGGAAUAUACGACCGAAGAAGUUCCAUCUGUGGACUUCCAAACUGCUGUGGAAAGUGAAGGAGAAUCUACCAUUUCGUUUGGCCACCAAUCCCCUGAUUCGAUAAUACACCCGGAAAUGUUGAAGGCUGAUACAUAUGUAUGUGCUGUUCAGAGGAGUGUGUCAAUCCAUACUCCAAACGUACGGCGUGCCCAUGUGCGCCCAGCCGUGCUUAGUUCUCAAUCGCCUUCACCCGAGAAACGCCGCACCACUCCUUCUGAGCCACUGCCAGCGAUGGCGAUAAAGUCUCCACCCAUUAAAACUGCUGAUGCGCAUAACGAUAAGUUCAGUACUGGAAUUUCGACCAGCGAGCAGAGUGCUGUGCCUCGUGCUCAGAUGCAGUUUACAGGCAAGCAGCAAAAUCCUCGAGUGGUGGAUACAGAGCAAAGUCUUAUUUAUUCCCUUAAAUCUGCUGGUGGUGGACUUGCUUCUAGUGCUCCUGAAGCGCUCCCAACAAUGCCAAAGCAUACCUCAAGCCACUCCGUGCACGUGCCUACUGUUGUGGAUAAACUGUUAUCUAAACCAGCGCAGGUAAAUAAUAAUCAAAUCUGUGAUUUUCCGGAAGUUGGAAAAUCUGGCGACGGUAAGAAGAAUGGAACAUCGUCAAACACCGAGAGGGCUUCAGCGGAAACCAGCAGAUCUCCACGCACAGGGUCAUCUCAUUCUGUGAAAGCAACCACACCGCUGGAAAGUGGAACUUCUAAGAAUACCAGUGAGACGGUGGCCAGCUGUCAUUUGGACUCUAGUCAACCAGUGCCGGUGGCACCACUUGUCAAUAAACCGGUUGGUGGUGUGCGAUCUAAAGAUGGGCGGCCAGUUGCCACUCAGUCAGCUGUGCCGACUACAGGCACGAAGACAUCUGGUUCACAUCAGCCACCUGUGCCCGUUAAUAAUCGCGUGAACAAGAUUAUCCCACCCGUUAGUGCUUUACAAUCGAAAAGUGCUUCUAAAGACGGUGAUAAAUCAAGCGCGCCCGUUGCGGUGUCCGGAGCGGCCACUAAACGUCAUCCCGAACGGAAUAUUUCCAGCGAAGCGAAUUCGCCUACUAAGCCGGUAACUAGUUCGAGGGCUGCACUGCCUUCCAACAGUCAGACGGUAUCGUCCAGUCCGAAACAAAGCAUCUCCAUCCGCAGUCCCACUGACAGCACGACGCUGAAAGCAAAGGAAAGUCACAAAAUCGAUAUUGUGCCGCAGAAGCGUACGGAAGUAUGUCGGACAACUUCUGCAUCGCGUCCUGCUACUGGUGGUAUUAGCUCUGUACCGGAGAGAACAAGCAAAACGAGACUUGUUGACAAGGAAGCUGCUCUGCCCAUUAUCGACGUGCAGUCAACGGGGAAACCGGACAGCAAGGAGAAAACUUCGACAGUCGGAAGAAGCGGGAUUGCGCUAAAGGCUGCUGCACCGAUAUCGUCCGGAAAAUCCUCCAGUGGUCUUCUUCAGAAUAAAACGGCUAAGCAGAGUGAGACACCUGGUCACGGUGCGGGAAAGGUCAGCCUAGUCGCUACAUUAUCCGAUAAAGAGAAUACAGUCGUCGGUUAUGCUGAUGUAACCGGCACGGAAACGCAUAUAGCAUCGCAACAGAACAGCAACAUAUCCUGUGAUACUGCUGCGGGCCAGUCCAUACCGGUGAUUAUCACGAAGAAUCCCGGAAUGGUGACAAAUCGGUCAGAGAAGCAGGCCACCGACAUGUCAGACUCCACUGGGUCAGACUCUGCUGGGUCAAACGGACCUUUAGCUUCCCCGGGAAACAGCGUGAAGCAGCCUGCAACAGCGCAUGCUGAUAAUGGAAUUGAUGUAUCUAAGGAUUCCUCCCUCCUACUGGCCGGCACACAUAGCCCAAAGGUUGAUGCAGCAGCGGCCACGACGAGCACCGGAGAAUCAAAUGUAAGCAAUACCCCUGCGCAAUUAAAGAAACCCGAAGUGACCGGCACUGUGACUGCCGUUUCUCUCGAUGGACACGGUGCUCAGUCAGCCUCCGUCAUGCCUUCACCGCUAAAGAAUAUGGCCAAGAAACGUGUGAACAAUCCUUUGCUAGUAAAAAAGAGGCUUGACACCCUCUUGGAGGGUCCUGUGACAUCCUCCGAAGUGGUCCACUCUCCCAAAAGAAAAGCGGAGUCAUCUGGGACUAUUACGAAGAAACAAGCAUCCGGAAGUCGUGUGCUACCUGAUCUGGAAGGCGGGUUGGCUUCAUCGGUCACUUCACAAAGUUCUGGAGUAGCGGCGCGUCUAAGUUCUCAACAAGAGAGUAAUCAGUCUAUUGUUCCCACCUUCGACAACACGGGAAAUGCUGCUGCACCCAGGACUCCGAGUCGAGACGCCGUGGGUACUGAAGAUUGCAGUCACCAUUGUGAGCAGCAAGUUGCUUUGACAUUGGAGGACAGGAAUGAUGGCACUGCAGCCUUGACUGAUAAUGCUGGAGUACAGCCUGUCCAAACGGUUGGAGUUGCGACUAAAUCAAGUGAAGGAUCCCAGAGCUACACUUCGGUUGCGGUGCCGAACACUGAUGCCCUCUUGCGGAAAAGAGGAGGAACCCUUCCCGGCACUGCUCCGGAAGCUGCGGAUAUGGAGAAGAAAACGGCUGCGAAGUCGGUUGUGCAUAAUACCGGCCCAGCCUGUGGAUCGUCGACUGUAGCUGUGAAGUUGUCCACAACGGCCAAGCCGGUUCGAAAUGCUUUAUCGAACAUUACUGCUGGCCAGAGUGUUGACCAGAAAGCGUCUGGAAGGAAUUCGGUAUUGGCUUCGACCACUUCGAAACGGGGGCGGUCGACCUCACUGACUAAGAAAAGCGUAACUACAAAGAAUUUGGACGAGGAGAAAGGUCAGCCCCUCCCCAAGAAAAAACUGGAGCAGACGGGAUUGGAGAACGACAGAUCGAAAUCUGGAAGGAAUUCUUCUCGAGAACGACGUCGAGACGAUAUCUCAUCGUCGUCGAGAAACCGUCAGGAUCGACAGGUGUUGUCUUCGAAUGCACCCCGGUCGGCUCGACCGGAUGCUCGACAUGGUCGACAUUCGCCGCCACGUGAUCGAAAAGCCCGACGCCGGUCGUCAUCGUCAUCGCACGAGCGACAGGUUUCGGGAAAAGAACGAACUAGCCCACGUCAUGACAACCACAUUCGAAAGGACGGGGUCUGCUCGGUCGAUGUCCGACGUCAGCGUUCGCGCUCGAGGUCUUGUAGUCGAAAGCGUAGUGGAGAUGGGAGUAAGAGUAUUAUCGCUAAAAACCCUUCACCCGAGCCUGCUUCUCUAAAUGACUCAGCCACCGGAUCACAAAGUAAACGGCUGGAUCGAUGUGUUUCUAUUGCUUAUUCGGAUAUUUCCGAGGAUGAUCAGUGUUUUCCAUCUUUAUCUGCAGAUAUUAUAGGUCACGUUGUUGAGCCGACACAAGCGGCAGGAGGACAUUUCGAUGCUAACAGCAGUUUUGUGGAAAGUGAGCCCGAUAUCUUUGACGAACCUGGCGUGGUUUUGGAGCAUGAGGAGUAUCCAUUGCCGAACAAUCCCGAAGAUGGUGCGAAACUUAACCGGUGCGACCCGAGUCCGGUUGUUCCAGCUACGGGAAUGGACGAACAGGUGCACGAAUUCAGUAUAACUGACGGCGACACUCAUAGUUCGGGGAAUGUUAAGACCGUUUAUAAUUUUGUUUGGCAUAAGGAUCUUCCGGAAAUGAUCAGCACUUUUGAGUUGUUUAAUGGAAAUGUUGUUAGGGAUACUGAUGGGCAUGACUCUGGUUGUGAAUGUCCUAAGGAUGGUUUGAUUAAUAUUUCCGAUGUGGUUUCAGCGAUGGGAGAGGAAUGUGGGUUAUAUGUGCCUUUUGUUUUAAAUCACCAGGUUGACGAGCAGAUGCAUGAAGCUACAACUGCUGAGAAUAUCCCGAAGACCAUGACUGAGAAAAAGUAUCGGUGUAAAUACUGCAAAGAGAACGAUUGCGUUGCCAUACUUGCUGAGCGGCAUGUUAUCAUGGACCAUAUCCGGCACGAGGCUAUGACGCGGACCGGAUCGCCUGUGUUCCCUUAUAAAUGUGCUGGAUGUGGGGAGUGGUAUCCGACGUUGGGUAUUGUAGGGUUCCAUGUAAUAGAAAUUACUGCGGGGAAUCCGGAACAUUAUCGCUUUAAGUGCUUUGAUGUGGCUUGCUGUGGAUCAGCAGAGUUCCGCACCAAUGAUAUUGAAGAAUUUCGUAGACAUUGCGUCCAGUUCCAUGGUAGCGAUUUUCAGAUGUCGAACGAUGCGCUGCUGGCCCAGCACGAUUUGUACAUUCCGGAGAAAGACGUUGCCGCUACGGAAGAGGCAUGGAUGGAGCUGAUGCUGGAAGAAGUUGUAGAGGUCGAUUUCACGCCCUUUUUGGAUGCAAAACACGACAUGGAGAAGCGGUUGGGACAGAAAAUAGAAGAGUAGUUUUUCCGGUUAAGUGCCCUUGGCUUGCCUUGUUAAAAAUGUCGGUUUUAGUUUUGACAUUUAACAGCGCAUUGAUUCCCAGUGUGCGUGUAAUGAACCCGUGGUUUAAUCAUUUAAUGUGACCGUAAUGGAGUGUUUUUGGGAAUGGUACAAUGCUUUAUUGCUCAUGUUAUUCAAUUGUUAACACUUUUUAUUGGUUGGAUUGUUUGCAUAGUGCCCUUUUAUGCUUUUUUUAACAGCUUUGUGUUUUGCCGUUCCCGCUUGUUUUGUGGAUCAGUUUGCGGCUUUGCGCUAUAAUAAUCAUUCCAUUGUGUUGAGUGCAAUAAUUGUGGACGUUACUGGGCGAUGGCUGUUUUUGUGUAUAUUCACUAUUCACACUAAAUGUCACUCAUUACCUGUGUUGCUGGUUAGUGGCUACCACUUAUCAUUAAUAUUGUUGUCACUGUGUUGUUAACAUUUCAUAUAAUCUCGGAAAAUUCGAACUUCGAAGCAUUUUCUGUAUAAAAAAAAUUAAACCCGCAUUUUAACUGCAAGAAGAUGAUCUAAAUAAUA